UUAAAAAAUAAGUUACCUGUACAUAUUCAAAAAGUAGGACGCGGUCAGAAAUUGAUAUCAUCGGCUCAUAUGAAGAUAAAACAGAAGGCACAAUGGCAUUAACAAGAUUUCAGGUGUCAUUCCUUGCUGCAUGUUUAGCAUUUCCCAUUCUGCUGUUGAUGAAACUGAUUGGUGGAGUAGACAAUGCAGCAGCAGUAUUCGCAGUUGGCAUCGUGUCUCUGCUUGUCGUUUUCCUCGUACCUCGGUUGUAUUUCCGUGACGGUCCACCAAAACAUGACCCAUUUUACAACGCAUGGAGUAUUCUUUUGUUUUCCUCCAUGGUUGAUGUAGUUAUUGCCCUUGAGAAUGAUGGUUUUCUAGGUAGAUAUCUACAUUUUUACCUGUUGCAAGGGGAACCUUACCUGAAAACUCCACAUGGGACCUCUAUUUGUUAUUGGGAUGGUUCAGUACAUUUUGCAUUGUACAUGUUUAUCAUGUCAAGAAGUAAUUAUAAUGAGGAAUAUAGACUGGCUUGUUUGUUCUGGUGUGGUUCUAUCAUAAACAGUGUAGCAGUGCUGGUACCGGGAGGAGCAAUAGGGAAAUUUGGUCCAAAAUGGUCUAUUCUUCUAAAUGUGCCAUAUGUAGUUAUACCAUUAUACAUCCUCUUCAAAGUAUUGAGUUCACAUUCGGCAAGCAGGAGAAAUGUGUUGACAUUCAUAGGGACCAGAAUGAAAAAAGGACCAGUAGAAAUGUUGUUUAUUCUUUUCUUUGUGACUUGCAUUGUAAUUAAUGCAUUCAGAGCUGCUGUUACCUUAGGCUGUAAAGCAGAGAUGGCAGAGAACUACCUCAAAGAUUUUGAACCUUUCCUAGCUGAAGAUACAUCUUUUCCAAAGAUGCAGAUGUUGGUAUACCUUUUUUACUUCUUGCCUUAUUAUGUGUAUGCCAUCUAUAGACUUUUGUAUCCAGCACCAAGUAAUGGUUUGAUGAAAGAUUUGGCUGUAUUUCAUGCUGGGGCUGCUGCGCAGGCCCAAUUUGUGUACCUGACAACAGCACAACAUAGUAGGACAGCAGCCAAUUAUCGUAUCCCAUCUACACCAGCAGCCCAGUAUUGUUUCUGGAUUAUCAACAUUGCUUUACUUGUUAUACCACAACUGUUUGCCUACAGGUGUAUAACAGGACCUACAAAAACAGAGAAAAUUUCAAAUGAACCAGUCAAGGAAGAUAACUCUUCAAGUCAUCCAUCAUACAAUCUUAGAAAGAGAAAACAGUGAAAACAAAUGGCUUAAAUCAUAUAUUGUAGUUUUAACCAGGUUUUUUUAGUGUAAAAUUAAACCAUAUUUUUUACCA